AUGUCCACCUCUUUUAGGUUACGAAAGUUAUCAAAGUGUAGUUGUAUUUCUUCUUCCUUCACAUUGUUGAAUAGGAGGAAAGUAAUACCUUUCAUAUUACAAACUCAAAAUAGUUCCACUUCACAAAUAAACGAUGAAGAAAAAUCAACCGUUACUACUGCGGAUAUAAAGAAUAAAACUAAAAAGAAAAGUAAAUUUGAAGGAUAUUGGUUGGAUGGAUUCCAAACUCCGAGCCCAAUAUCAAAAAGAAAAUUUCCACCUUUUGUACAAAAUAUGCUUGUACGUUUAGCUAAAGCACUUGGUUAUUAUGAUUUACCAGUACAAGCUAUAAGAAUUACGAGAGAAUUAUAUCAGAUGUCUUGUGGAUUACCUGAUAGUUUUCAAACUUGGUUUGCUGUGACUUUAUUACAUAUUUGGAUGUUAAUGGUUAGAUUUAGAGUUGAAAAUGAAGGAAAAAUAUUUAUGCAACAGUUAGUAAAUCAUCUGUUUGAAGAUGCUGAAUGGAGAAUGAGAGAAGAUUAUGGAGAUCUGCUUUCUCAAUUUCAUGGUGGUGUUAUGGCAUAUGAUGAAGGAAUGUGUAAAGAUGAUCCUGUAUUGGCUUCUGCUUUAUGGAGGAAUAUCUUGAUUACAGAGGGAUCAGCACAUAAUAUGGCUUGUUUGGUUAAACAUGUUAGGCAUGAAUUACGAAGAUUAGAUAAUUUAUCUUACGAAUCUAUUAUUGAAGGAAAAAUUCGUUUUAGAAAACCCGAAAUUUCAUUGUAA